UUACAAUCUCCUUGGUUUCCUUCCCUCAUUGAUGUCUGAACAGUUUUUGCUUAUCUCAGUUGUACACCAAAAACAGACUCCUUUGCUUUCUCUCUCUGCAAACAAAGAAAAAUCAUGUCUUCUCCAAGCAAACGCCGAGAGAUGGACCUCAUGAAACUGAUGAUGAGUGAUUACAAGGUUGAGAUGAUCAAUGAUGGCAUGCAAGAAUUCUAUGUGGAUUUCCAUGGACCCAGUGAGAGUCCUUACCAGGGAGGUGUAUGGAGGAUAAGAGUUGAACUACCAGAUGCUUAUCCCUAUAAAUCUCCCUCAAUUGGAUUUAUGAAUAAGAUCUACCACCCAAAUGUUGAUGAGAUGUCAGGUUCUGUUUGUUUAGAUGUCAUCAAUCAGACAUGGAGCCCCAUGUUUGAUCUGGUAAAUGUAUUUGAAGUAUUCCUACCACAACUGCUUCUCUAUCCCAAUCCAUCAGACCCUCUGAAUGGAGAAGCUGCUGCUUUGAUGAUGCGAGACCGAGCUGCUUAUGAACUAAGAGUUAAAGAAUACUGUGAAAAAUAUGCCAAGGCAGAAGACAUUGGAGCUGCUGCAGAAGACAAAUCGAGUGAUGAAGAGGAACUGAGUGAAGACGAAUCUGAUUCCGGUGAUGAUCAAGUCGCAGGCAAAGCAGAUCCCUGAGAAGGGUUUCUGAUCUCUCAUUUGUAAACUCUGUAUCUGUACAUGAUGUUUUAGCUAUCGUAAAAUUCAUCUGAAACUCCAUUAAGACUGUACAUUUGGUAGGGAAAAAAUUUCCCCAGCCUCUUUAUUAUCUUCUUCCACUGUAAAUAAAUUACUUUGGUUCCAUAUUGCAA